CCUUUGGGUAGUGUUUGUGCAAGACUAAGGCCCACUCUUUAAUGGCUGAAUGCAUACGUUUCACAGCACAUGGUGGAUUCGCUGCUCUGAGAAUUGCCUUUAAAAAAAGUAAAGUGAAAAAUAGACAAAGAAAUCUGGAACCUUAGCAGUGUUUCCUAUUUGUUUGGACUGUUCUUGAACCAGCUCUGAGGCGGUGACCGGGCUAUUGAAAAGAUGCACCUGAAACAGGAUCUGCGGGCAGCUGCAUUUGCCACCCGGCUUUAUUGCUGCUUUCCAGCGGCGAAGGCGCAGCAGCAGUAACAGGGAAGCCAGAGCGAGCCUCCCCGGCAGCGGCGGCGGCGGCGGCGGCGGCGGCGGCACCGGCACCAGCGCAGUUUCCCCUCUCCCCAGCCCUGACUCUACGCGCACAUGCGCACUGCGCCCGCAGCCCUGGACCAUUUGUCAGGACUACUCGUGAGACGGAGAAAAAAAAAAGAGAAAAUUUGGGGAACCUUUGGAGAAAUCUUGAGAGUGGACAGCAAUUGUGAAGAUCGCCAGAGAGUUCUGUGUUUCAUCACCGCCGAAAGGUUAAAAAAUAAAUCAUGACUGAAUCUGCCUCUAGCACAAGUGGUCAAGAGUUUGAUGUGUUCAGUGUUAUGGACUGGAAAGAUGGAGUGGGCACGUUACCAGGAAGUGACUUAAAGUUUCGGGUAAAUGAGUUUGGAGCCCUGGAAGUUAUUACAGAUGAGAAUGAGAUGGAAAAUGUUAAAAAAGCAACUGCUACCACCACUUGGAUGGUACCAACUGCUCAAGAAGUCUUUUCAGAGAAGACUGGGAUGCCUUUCAGGUUGAAGGAUCCAGUGAAAGUAGAAGGGCUUCAGUUCUGUGAGAACUGUUGUCAGUAUGGCAACGUAGAUGAGUGUCUUUCUGGAGGAAACUAUUGCAGCCAGAAUUGUGCUCGGCACAUCAAAGAUAACAGAGAUCAGAAGGAAGAAAGGGACGUAGAAGAAGACAAUGAGGAAGAAGAUCCUAAGUGUAGUCGGAAGAAAAAACCAAAAUUAUCUCUGAAAGCUGACCCCAAGGAGGAUGGAGAAGAGAGAGAUGAUGAAAUGGAGAACAAACAAGAUGUAAGAAUCCUGAGGGGUUCGCAGAGAGCACGGAGGAAAAGACGAGGGGAUUCGGCUGUAUUAAAGCAGGGUUUGCCUCCUAAAGGAAAGAAAGCAUGGUGCUGGGCAUCCUACCUGGAAGAGGAGAAAGCGGUGGCAGUGCCGGCGAAGCUGUUCAAGGAGCAUCAAUCCUUUCCAUAUAACAAAAAUGGAUUCAAAGUUGGCAUGAAAUUAGAAGGCGUGGAUCCCGAGCAUCAGUCUGUGUACUGUGUCCUCACCGUCGCGGAGGUUUGUGGAUACCGGAUAAAGCUUCACUUUGAUGGGUAUUCUGAUUGCUAUGACUUCUGGGUGAAUGCAGACGCUCUGGAUAUCCACCCAGUUGGGUGGUGUGAGAAAACCGGCCACAAACUCCAUCCUCCAAAAGGGUAUAAAGAAGAAGAAUUCAAUUGGCAGACCUAUCUUAAGACAUGUAAAGCUCAAGCUGCUCCUAAGUCAUUAUUUGAAAAUCAGAAUAUAACAGUGAUCCCAUCGGGCUUUCGAGUUGGUAUGAAGCUUGAGGCAGUAGACAAAAAGAAUCCCUCAUUCAUCUGUGUUGCUACGGUAACAGAUAUGGUGGACAAUCGUUUCCUGGUACAUUUUGACAACUGGGAUGAGAGCUAUGACUAUUGGUGUGAAGCAUCAAGUCCACAUAUUCAUCCAGUUGGUUGGUGUAAAGAACAUAGAAGAACCCUUAUUACUCCACCAGGUUAUCCAAAUGUGAAACAUUUUUCUUGGGAUAAAUACUUAGAAGAAACCAAUUCUUUACCUGCUCCUGCAAGAGCUUUCAAAGUGAAACCUCCUCAUGGAUUCCAGAAAAAAAUGAAGCUUGAGGUUGUAGACAAAAGGAACCCCAUGUUUAUUAGAGUAGCAACUGUGGCAGACACAGAUGAUCACCGGGUAAAAGUUCACUUUGAUGGCUGGAACAAUUGCUAUGAUUACUGGAUAGAUGCAGAUUCUCCUGAUAUUCACCCUGUAGGCUGGUGUUCAAAAACAGGACAUCCCCUUCAGCCUCCUUUGAGCCCCUUAGAAUUAAUGGAAGCUUCAGAACACGGUGGGUGCUCAACCCCGGGAUGUAAAGGGAUUGGCCAUUUCAAGAGAGCGAGACAUCUGGGCCCUCACAGUGCUGCCAACUGUCCCUAUUCAGAAAUCAAUUUGAAUAAAGACCGUAUUUUUCCAGACCGCUUAAGUGGUGAGAUGCCUCCGGCUAGUCCGUCAUUUCCAAGAAAUAAAAGGACAGAUGCAAAUGAAAGCUCUUCUUCCCCUGAAAUCAGAGACCAGCAAGCUGAUGAUGUCAAAGAAGACUUUGAAGAGAGAACAGAAAGUGAAAUGAGAACAUCACAUGAAGCCAGAGGUGCCCGGGAAGAACCCACCGUCCAGCAGGCACAGCGUCGGUCAGCUGUCUUUCUGUCCUUUAAGUCCCCAAUUCCAUGUCUGCCCUUGCGCUGGGAGCAGCAAAGCAAACUGCUUCCAACUGUCGCAGGAAUCCCUGCCAGUAAAGUUUCCAAAUGGAGCACAGACGAGGUGUCAGAAUUUAUACAGAGCUUACCUGGGUGUGAAGAACAUGGAAAGGUAUUUAAAGAUGAACAAAUUGAUGGAGAAGCAUUUCUACUUAUGACUCAAACAGACAUUGUUAAAAUUAUGAGCAUUAAACUGGGCCCUGCUCUCAAAAUUUUCAAUUCCAUCCUGAUGUUCAAAGCUGCAGAGAAGAAUUCUCACAAUGAACUUUGAAGAUGGUGAAUUCUGAAUACCAUCAGCAUUCUGCUUUAAAGCUCAUGUUUUAUUCAAAGCACAAGGACGGUUAUAACUCCUAAGUGAGAAGUCUCCAAAACUCAAAAGAGCAACACUAUCGGAUUAUUUAUAUUACUCAAGAGACAAUAUAUAUGAAUUCUUAUGAAAGUGCUUGAGCUUUUAACCAGGUACUGUCUAACAACAGUCAUCUUUUGGUUCUGUUCACUGAGCUAAAUUUAUCUUUGUAAAUCUUUUUGAGUCUGGGGGGUGGGGGGAAGGGGGACUUCAUUAAUUAUUUAUGGUAAUGGGGGGGCAGAGUAAGAACUUUUAGCAUUUUGUAAACAUUGUUGAAUUCUCUUUCAUGUACACUGUUUCUUUUUCAAUACUUUCAGAAACCUUUUUAUAUAAUCAAAUUUCACUUUAAACCAAAUUAGUCAAAACCUGGCUAAGUUUAGCCAGUAGGACUGUUAUCUGUAUUGUUAAUUUUGUGCCAUAUUUUGAAUUGCAACAUUAUGCUAAGUAUAACUUUGCAAGUCAUGAUAUUGCCUAACUGCUUGUCGUAAUUGUCAGGGCUGAAUAGUUGUAAGAAUGACUUUUCUUUGAAUCAGUAUUUUUCCUUUUGCACGCAUUAUGAAAUGUUAAACAAAUUACUUUUCACCAGCAUCUUUACUAUAAUUACCAAAAACAUGUAUAUAAAAGAAUGGAAUUGAAAAAUAAAAUAUAUAAACAUAAAUAAAUUAGGUAGUGUAUUUGAGUGGCAUCAGUCUCACUCAUCUUGGUGCCCCGGUGUUUACAAGAGCCAGAUGGCGUCAGAGGAGUACGCAGUUGUAUGCAGUUAUGGUUGGGGGGAAUGUUUGUGAGGGUCUUGAAGUAUUUAUGAGAUGAUCUUGAGCUUCUAAUUGUCAUUGAUGAAAUUGUGGUGGUUUACAGAGACUAAGAGCUCAUUCUGUCAACAGAAACACUAAUCUGUACAGAGUGCUGUCUCAGGUCAUGCAUUGUCCUCCAAACCCAAAGGUUUUUUUCAGGGUUGGCUAAAGAGCGAGUGUCGUGAUUUUGCUGAAAAGACAAGGUGUGAAGGAGCAACUUCAGUUGACACAAAAUUUGAAAUGCUCACAGAUCAGGGAGGUGAUUUCCCAAAGUAAUUGCCCAAGAACCUCCGUUUUGGAAGGAUUCCUUUUUCUGUAGAAUACUUUGCCUCGAUAUAUAAGCAUACAGAUGCACUUUAAAUGAAAACCCUUGAUUAUAAAUUGAUAGCUGGUAGUGUUUCUUUUGCAAGAAUGCAUUUCUAAGGCAAAAGGUAAAUUAUUUUGUCCGUCUUUUGAUGUACUUUCUGAUUCCAGGAUUGGAUAUUUAUUCAAGGACUAUUUUAAAAAUAGAAAGUAAGUUUGUAGCAUGCUGUCUGAAUUCUGGGGUAAGUUCCACCUCUUCUUUAGUCGCUUUCGUUUUUUAUGAUGUAGGACUUCCUUUGAUAUCCCUGUUGGAAGUCCAUUAGCAGUCCUUUGCAUUUGUCAAUUCAAGGUAAAACAGGGUCAGUGACAUCUGCAGUGUCCCAGUCAUUUAUUUGCAUGAAUCUGCUUAAAUAAGUUUUUUGUUGCUGUUUUUUCUUUUUUAUGUUUUGUUCGGAAUUUGUACAUUCAAGUUGUACUUGUUAUAUCUGAUAUGAAUGAAAUAAAAUCUUAAUUACA